AUGCAACGCUCUCGUCGACGAGCCCCGAAGCUCCAGCCGACGCCACUGAAGGCUCGCGACGCGCUACAGGAAGUGACCAGCUACUGCAUCUCGUGCGGCAGCCGCAACGUCGUGUCGUUCAGACCCACCGCAGGCAACAACAGCGUCGACCACAGACUCAUCAAGUGCCGAAGCUGCGGAGUGAUCUCACCAGACUUCAGUCAGCCCAAGCCGCGCUCUGGUGUCAGCGAGGACUUUAUCCCACCCGAGAAAGCGCGCGUACACGAGAUGGCGGAUCAAGUGCUGGACGCGUUCACGCAUCAGCGUAUCAAACUAAAACUGCAACGAGCGCUUGCAUUUGCUCAGGGAGACCUCGGAUUGCUAUGUCAUAAAUAUCUCCCCAUUGCGAUCGAAGUCUUCGCCCACGUGGUGUCUCGCUUCGGCUUCACCGAUAGCAUCGACGGUGUGAUGGAGAGCGUGCAUGUCAUGCAAAAUCUCGCCAAGGACGACGAUCUGCUAGUUCAAAAGCUCAUUAGAAUCCGAAAGCUGCUCACACCGACGGGAAAUUGGAUCCAAGAAGACGCCGACGCUGAGAAAGACGACGAACGCUGCAGGGAGUUGGAGCAGCAGGUACUUGAGCAGAAGCGCGAGGAGGAGCGACGAAAGGAGCAACUCGCAUUGGAGAACGCCAAGAAGGCGCGUCUGCGGGCGAAAAAAAUCGCCAUGGGCCUCGACCCGUCCGUAGAGCGCCCUCCAGUCCUCGUGGAUGCCCCCCCUCCAAAUGUAGCAGCCAUCGAGAAUGCCCGUCUGGAGCUACGCGUCAAUGCCAAGUUUGUGCAGAAGUUCCAGUGGUCCUUCAAUGGGCGAGCUAUCGAGGCCGAAGAAUUUGUGUCCGGCAUCAACCGGUGCACGCUCAGAAUUCCCAAGCUCACGAAGCGGGUGACUGGAGAGUACUUCUGCACAUGUGAGAACGAAGAGGGCGCCGUGAGCACUACAACCUGCCGGGUAUCUCUUGCAGCCUUAAAGCUUUCCCGGAUCGGAAGCAAGCCACUCGGCACGCUGCUCUCGUCUCCGAUGUACUCGUGUGAGAAGAAUAUGCUGAUGACUUGCGCCGGCGGUACAGUAAACGUGUGUGACGCGAAGGCGCUCACUCCAGUGAGGGCGUUCCCUGCGCUGCCAGCGGCUAUGGAGGCGAUUGCAUGGAGCCCCCACGCCAAACUGGUGGUUGCGUGCUCGACUGGAAGCCAGCAAGAGAAGUCCCAGAUCUACUUGUAUUCGCCUGGAGCAGCUUCCACUAGCGACAUCUCUCCGACGGUAACAAAUCGUCGGCGCAACAACAGCAACAUGGGGCUGCCUCCUUCAAAGCCCAAGGCGCCUUCGUUCGGCAGCUCGCUGAAGUUUCAACUGGUCGAUGUUCAGUCUGUUGACUCGGUGACUGAAGUUCGAGCAGCAGAGUUUCUCGACAACGGGAGGACGCUGCUUGUGUCCGACAUGAUGCAUUGCGUUGUGCUGUACGACUUGUCGCCAACGUUCAGGUGCAGGAAGACCCUAUCGUUUGGAAGUGACGUAGUCUGUCACGUUGCAGCUUGUCCGAGUACUGCGGCGCUGUUUGUAUUGGCAUUCCGCGGCAAGUCUUUCAUCAAUCUCUACAAUGGCUCCAACGGCAGCAAAACCAGCAGUGGAGACCUAUCAGAGCACCGUAUCGACUUCAAGUUCCCUGUUCACCGGGCAACGUUUGACGCGUCCGGGUACUACCUGGCUACGGCGGAGACUGGAUUCAUGAAGACCUGGAUCUCCGUCGUCAGCGUGAACACAAAGAAACAUUCGAGCAGGCGCUUCGUAGCUCAUGCUGGCAGACUCACCGGCCUUCAGUGGACGAUGAGCACUUCUCUGAUCAUUUCCAGCAGCCAUGACGGGUACGUGAAGGUGUGGGAUCCUGUGGCAACGUCCAAUCUCUUGAGUGUCCACAUCGACGCGUACGGGAUCCACUCGAUGCUGCUCGUGGAAGACGUCGGCGUCCUCGUCACUCAAGGAUUCAGCGAUUGCCGUCUCCAAAGUCGGUCGAUGGUGCAUCUCCCCGAGCUGGAGGCGUCGCGUCUUGUUGAGAUGAACAAGCAAGCCGCGAACAUCCAGAAGGUGUGGAAAGGCAAGAAGACGCGCGAGCUCAUUGCCAAGUACAUCAGAGCGAACUAG